AUGGCAGCCGUACAUCAAGCAUCUGUGUCCUCUAUGCCAGGCCACAAGUCGCCGUCAGAGGAUAACACGUUGAUUAACCAUAUGACGCAUCUUUCUGGCAUGACAUUAGCAGACUUCGUUACAGAGCCGAAGAUACAUCUCGUAGAAGCCAGUCCAUCUUCCUCAAAGCAACCUGUACAGUCACCGUCAACUAUGAACCUGAGUUCCAAACGCUCCUCGCGAGCAUCAGCUUCGACAACCAAGUCUCAGCUCCGACACACCAAUGCCAUAUUAGUGGACAUGCUACAAAAUAUUCAGAAUGAACUUGCAGCGCAUCGCACGAUUCUUCUAAAUAUUCAAGAUCGAGUGUCGACCCUGGAGGACGAGUCCAACGCAACUGUCAACAACGAUGCCCCGCAACUCACACUUCGCGCCCUAGAAGGCCAGGACGCUCCGUCGAAACGCAACAGCAGGCUAUUGGCACCCGAAGUAUCGAGCUGGUGGCAAGCGUGCCAGACGUUCGCAAGCAAUGCAGAGCCGCCGAUGAGCGCUAGAGAGUUUCUUAAGACACCGCAACGUUUAUCGGGCUUCGACUUCAAGUGGGAAGUACCCAAUACCCCUCCAAUUACACCACCCGAUGUUGACGACGUUCCUCCCCUUACACCUACCUCCGAUGAAGGCGAGCAUAGCGACCUCGGAAGUCCUCUUGGGCAGAAUGUGUUCUUGGGCGAGGAAAUCACUGCCUCCACGCCGAUGAUUGCAGGCCCAAGCAACGGAGCGGACAUCGAUAUCAUGGAACGCACCGUCGAAUUUGACGCCAAAAAGCUUCCCGCCCCACCUGCUCUACAGCCUGCUCCUAGCGCGAAGCCCACGGUGGUAGAGCAAGAAGAUGUAGUUGCGGCUAUCGAGCCCGAGGUCGUCGGCAACCCGCAAAGAUACUUCAAGGGGGUGAGGAGCUUGGCCACCUACAAAGCCCUAUUGAAGCACAAGCCUUCCGAGAAAGAACACCAUGUCCUCAUCCACUUCCAUAGAAGGAAAGACGUAGAUCACCUCAGGGCUGCAUAAGAACUCAUCUCUACAUCUAUCUUGUCAAAAUUUGCGGACACGGAGGAACGUAUACCCUUGUUUGAUUUGGUUUUUGGCG